AUGUACGGUGACAAAUGGAUAGCUGAGAGUCCACUUCGAUUCUACGCGAUCGCCGGUGCCACUUACGUGUACUUCCCAGCCUUCAGUUCUAUGCAGAUGGAAUUGAUCGACCGGAUAUUACCGCACACGAACUUUAAAUUCUCGAACAUGCAUCACGAUAUUGGAUUGUUCAGGCUCAUCCUGUGGUUUCCAUGUUCUAUUAUCGUUUCUCUUGUUUCCUUUUCUUUUUUUUUUUUUUCCAUCCAGCUUCGGAAACCUUUUUACAUCAGCUCGUACGUGAGAUACGUCGCUCUUCCCCAUGCCUAUGACGCAAACAUUUUCCAAAGGUACACCGACCCGUGCACUGUGGUUGGCUGGGGACGACACAUUCCUGACUCCGAUAAAGGAGUCGGUACAUAUCUUCGAAGCGUUAAUUUAUCAUUAAUCCCAACUGAAAAGUGUCCAGUCACAGGAGUAGAUGACAAGGUGCAUUUAUGCGCUGGCAUGCUAGACGAAGGUGGAAAAGACGCCUGUCAAGGUGACAGUGGUGGUCCACUUCUAUGCAACAACACACAAAUUGGCAUAAUAUCAUGGGGGCAAGGCUGUGCACGUCCUAAUUCACCAGGAGUAUAUUCCCGACUAGAUUUAUACUUGAACUGGUUAAACGAAACUAUAUUGAACAACGCUGCUGCCGAAAUCGAUUCCAAAGUGAUAGACAUUAUUCUUGUUCAAUUAAUAAUGCUCAUUAUAAUGUGAGAAUAAAAUGUAAUUCUGACAAGUGACGAGGACAUAAUUCUGAAACGAAACAAAAGAGAAAGGAGAUAUUCUAUUG